AUGGCAAGCGUAAAUGUCAAUCGCAAUGUUAGCGAUGCCUUCUACCGCUAUAAGAUGCCGCGGAUCCAGGCCAAAGUGGAGGGCAAAGGAAAUGGCAUCAAAACAGUGAUAGUCAAUAUGGUGGACGUCGCUAAGGCGAUCGGCCGUCCGGCCACGUAUCCGACCAAGUACUUCGGCUGCGAGCUGGGUGCGCAGACCCAAUUUGAUUUCAAGAACGAGCGCUUCAUCGUUAAUGGCUCGCAUGAUGCCACGAAGCUGCAAGAUUUACUGGAUGGUUUUAUUCGGAAAUAUGUUCUUUGUCCGGCUUGCGAUAAUCCGGAAACUGAGCUGAUGGUCAGCUCGAAGAAGGGCACGAUCUCACAAGGCUGCAAGGCCUGUGGCCAUCAUGGUCUUCUGGAAAGCAACCACAAAUUGAAUACCUACAUUUUGAAGAACCCGCCAAGUCUGAAUCCGGCAGUGCAGGGGAGUUCAUUGACGGAGGGCAAACGCGGCAAACGUUCGAAACGCGCCAAUGGUGACGCCGGGGCCGCAACUGCAACCGUUACUGCCACUACCAAUGGCAAUGAUCGAUCCUGCUCGCCGGAAAACGAUGUCAACAAUUCCACAGAUAUUGUAGUGGAACCUCCGCCAGAAAAAACAAUCAGCAACAAUGAGGAUGACGAUAAAUGGGCGGUUGAUGUAUCCGAAGAAGCAGUCAGAGCUCGUCUUCAGGAUCUGACGGAUGGUGCAAAGGGCAUGACUAUCAGCGAUGAUCUAGACAAGAGUGAGAAGGAGCGCAUGGAUAUGUUCUACAAACUGGUCAAAUGCCGCCGUGAUGCCGGACAACUCGACAACAAUCACAAGGAGCUUGUAGCCGAGGCGGAACGUCUCGAAAUCAAGACUAAGGCACCGUUGAUCCUCGCCGAAUUGUUAUUUGAUCAGGGAAUUGCCGCACAGGCGAAGAAAUAUCGUGUUCUAUUGUUGCGCUUUACUCACGAUGACAUCAAGGCGCAGAAAUAUUUGAUCAGAGGUAUUGAACAAGUCAUCGCGCUGCACAAGGACACUCUGAUGCCAAAAGUUCCCGGAAUUCUCAAGUUAUUUUAUGACGCUGAUAUCCUGGAGGAGAAGGCAUUUGAUGAAUGGUCAAGUAAAGUCAGUAAAAAAUACGUUUCGAAGGAUCUAUCGCAAGAGAUUCACGAUCGAGCUGCACCAUUUUUAACAUGGCUAAAAGUCGCAGAGGAGGAAGAAUCCGAGUCCGAGGAAGAAGAUGACGAUUUAGAAAUUGAAUAUGAUGAUAGAGCUAAACAAGAAUCCCUGAAACAGCAGCAACCGGUGGUCACGCCGAAGCCUGCCACCGCCGUCGUGAAAGAAGAUUCUGAUGAGGAUGACUUCGAUAUUGAUGCCAUUUAAAGCACACACACUAAAUACAACAUAUACAUAAACAUAUACGCGCAAUGAAUAAUGAAAAAUAUUAAUUCGAUACGUAAUGCAAGACAAAUAAUCAUUUCUCUUUCAAAAAGAGCCGAGCAAAUGCAAUCUCAAGUUAUGCGUAAAUAUAAGGUUUUCGUUGUUUUAGAUUAACGAGAUCAAUAUAAUUAACACACAUAAUGCCGUUUACAUGUUAAUGAAAAAAAGAAAGAAAUUUUAAUCGUUGCCAAGCGUUUAGUAUGAUUUAUCUCUCUGUGUACAGUGUGUAUCCAUGAUAUUUUUAAUUGUUUUAACGAUGCGGUAAAAAAAAAUGUAUGUUGCCGAAAGCUCGUUAUUUCUUUAAUAUUAUUAAUUGUUAUCGCGAUUUUUUAAUGAAUACGAUGAUGCGCGUAUCUUAGAAUCUGUUUGCAUUCGUUUCAGACAAAAAAAAAAAAAAUAGAAAACAUUCAUAGAAUUCACGAGCAUUACUGGGAACUUGGCCUGCUAAAAGCGUUCUUUAUUGUAUCUAUAUUUACUAUUCUAAUUAUUAUUAUUCAAAUAAAUAUGAUUUAUUGCAAUGAA